ACGUAAGGCCAGGGAGCAGUAUCCAAUGGCGUUUGCCAAUAUCCAUGAUCACCCCUGGUACCUAGUCAUUACCAAGUCUAUACAGUUUCCUACAAUAUCUUAGGUGCAUUUGCUAGCCUCAGCAGAAGAAUGCUAGCUCUCUUGAAGAAAUGGCGAUCCGACGUACUACUUUCUUAUGGCCAAACAAAGGCAUAUGAUCACAAUCAGCCGAGUAUACGAGAGCCCAUUUUCACCCCCGCCUUGACGGAUAUGCAAUGCCACUAUGGCUUGCGACUUGCCUUUUACGUUCCACGGACUUCUCUCUUUCGCCCUGCCCUGCCUGUGGUUUAUAUUGCCUUGCCUGUUAUCAAGUAGAUAACUAGGGCUAGCACCUUUGAUCUUCCAUGAGAUUCAAUUGAUCUCGAUUACAACGCAAAUAUGCAAGAUGACUGUCCGAUCCCUUUUAUUAUAUUAUAUUCUGGCUUGGACAUGUCAAGCAUUUCCGGACCAUCUAUAUCGUCGGGAUACUAACAGUACUCCUGGUGGCUAUGAUUUCGUUGAUCCCCUCAUCGGUACUAUUAAUGGCGGUCAUGUCUUCGCCGGUGCAACCUUGCCAUUUGGCAUGGCAAAAGCAGUUCCAGACGUAACACACGACAACCAAGGAGGAUAUGCGUCAAAUGCAAGCAGCCCCAUUACAGGAUUUUCCCAUAUGCACGAUUCUGGUACAGGUGGUGCUUCGUCGCUCGGAAACUUCCCCAUCUUCGUUUAUCCAGGUUGUGCUCAAGACGACGUCGAUGGCUGCGUUUUUCCCAAGACCAAACGAGGUGUUUUGGCUGUUGAUGGGGGCGUUUCGGCUCGCCCUGGCUAUUUCUCUAUUGAUCUCAAGUCCGGCAUAAAGGCGGAAAUCACCGCUUCAAACCAUACGGCAUUAUAUAGUUUUACAUUCUUCAAAAAUGCUACCGGAAAUUUUACUAUGGAUGCGCCCUUGAGCCCUUUAUUCAUAAUAGAUUUAACAGACCUGCCAGAUUCGCGCCAUAACGGCAGCGCAUCUGUGGAUCCCAACACCGGGCGAAUGACAGGAAACGGUACCUUUUCGCCUAGUUUCGGAACCGGUACAUACACCCUACAUUUUUGCGCCGACUUCCCCCAAGAGAGCUCUAUACGCGAUACCGGAGUAUUUGUGAACACUAGGGCUGGUAGCGAACCAAAAAGUAUCGUCAUGGGGGUAGACAAUAAUUCCCCGCCUUUGCCCGCCGGUGUUUACACACGGUUUAAUGAAGUCGAAGAAGGUACUUCUAUUACUAUUCGGGUCGGGGUUUCAUUCAAGAGCGUCGAUCAAGCUUGCAGCUCCGCUGAGGCUGAGGUUCCCGAUUUUGACUUCUCGAAAACCCUCGCUACGGCAGAGAAUACCUGGAAGGAUAAGCUAUCAGUCAUAAGCCUCGAUACUACUGGCUUCGAGGAUACCGAAAUGCAAACUAUUUUCUGGAGUGGUGUAUAUAGGUCAAUGCUUAGUCCGCAAGACUAUACUGGUGAAAAUUACCUAUGGGAAAGCGACGAACCAUAUUACGAUUCGUGGUAUUGCAUAUGGGAUUCAUUUCGUUCGAUCCAUGCUUUUAUCACGCUAGUAGACCCGCAUUCUCAAACGCUUAUGAUCCGCUCUUUAAUCGACAUAUAUCGCCAUGAAGGAUGGCUGCCUGAUUGUCGGAUGUCCCUUUGCAAGGGUUGGACGCAGGGAGGCUCUAAUGCUGAUGUUGUAUUAGCUGAUGCUUAUCUGAAGAAUAUCACAGAAGACGUCGACUGGGAAACUGGAUACGAAGCUCUUAUAAAGGAUGCGGAGUAUGAACCGCCAGUCUGGGACUAUGAAGGCCGGGGUGGCCUGAAUAGCUGGAGAAAAUAUGGUUUCAUCCCGGCUGACGAUUUCGAUCCAUAUGGCAACGGCUUAUUCACGCGCAGUAUUUCUCGGACCGUCGAAUACGCAUACAAUGAUUUUUGCAUUGCUGAGGUAGCACAGGCAUUAGGCAAGCAAGAAGACUACGAGAAGUAUAUCGAACGAUCAGGAAAUUGGAUCAAUUUAUAUAAUCCCGAUCAACCAUCGGAUAUUAAUGGUACGGGCACCGGAUUCACUGGAUUUCUACAACCAAAAUUCUUGAAUGGUACCUGGGGAUAUCAGGACCCAACCCUUUGCUCUUCUGUCAUGUCCUUUGACUCUUGCUACCUCAACUCGGGCGGGACCGAAACAUACGAGGGCAGCCCUUGGCUUUAUACUUUCUUCGCUCCUCAAGACAUGGCAAGCCUUAUCACUACUCUUGGUGGCCCGGAUACUUUUGUCAGUCGUCUGGACUACCUUCAUGAAAGUGGUAUCCUCUACGUAGGAGAUGAACAAGCAUUCUUGACCGUUUUCCAGUACCAUUACGCAGGCCGCCCUGGAAAAUCUACCGCACGCAUCCACUAUUACAUACCUAGUCAAUUCAAUACCACAACAGCGGGUAUUCCUGGUAACGACGAUUCAGGCGCGAUGGGUUCUUUCGUCGCUCUAUGUAUGCUAGGCAUUUUUCCAAAUCCGGGCCAAGACAUCUACUUCAUCACGGCACCAUUCUUCCCCACCGUCUCAAUUACCAACCGCGCGACAGGAAAGACAGCUACGAUCAAGACCGUUAAUUUCGACACUGCUUACCAGAAUAUCUAUAUCCAAAGCGCGAAAUUAAAUGGCGAGGACUAUACGAAGAACUAUCUUACUCAUAGCUUCUUCCUCGAGGGCGACACGUUAGAACUCACGUUAGGCGACAAGGAGAGCACAAGUUGGGGAACAGGGGAAGAUGAUGUGCCUCCUAGCCUAAGUACGAAGAAGAGUUGAUACUGUGUAUUGGCACUGUGUAUUCUAGGACGACCUAGAGCGGCAAAAGACAAGUUUUAAAAAUAAAACCCAAAGCAAAUCCCGUGAAGAAUGAUAAAUCGAAAUUCCAAUGUGUCUGUGGUCAAGUGGAUGCCAAAACAUCACAAAUUAUCUGAUAAACGAAGCCGUCGUUGUGGAGCAGAACGUCCCUUUGUAAAGAUAGGGGGCUUUUACUCUAACCGUAUGACAGCUCAACUAGGCUCCACAUCAAGUUAUAAAACAUAAAGACCGGGAAUUACAAGUCAAUAUUCAAUAUUAC